UCCGAGGCUCCAACCCUCAACUUACAGCCCAAUCUACAUAGCUCUGUUCAUUAAUUCUCUCUCGCUCAGUUGCUCCAAUCAAGCUCAAGAUUGACAUCCACCCGAGAUGACCGAAAGGUUGGCCGCAAGAGGGAUCAUGAUAAACAAAUAUAAUUGGGAUGACGGUCCUGACCAUGAUGACGUAACAAAGAUAUAUAUAGGACUUGGAGAGAAAGGCAUACGUUAUAUUUAUUGUGACUAUGUCAAGAGUGGAAUACAGAAAGAAGGAUCAUUCCAUGGUUUGAUGUAUCGUGGUUGCACAAUGCACACAGAUGUUUGAGAUUGACCAUCUAAGAAAUGAACACCUAGAAUCUGUUGAUGGUUACUACGCUGAGCCUGUUGGUAUUACAGCACUUCAAUUCAAAACAAAUUUCAGGACUUCUGAACUCUUUGGAUUUAAAGAAAAGGGUACUAAGUUUACGCUGGCAGUCACAGGGAAGAAGAUAAUUGGACUUCACGGGUCUGAUCGUUCUCAUGUUUGCUCUCUUGGAGCAUAUUUAACUUGGAUCACUCCUAUAAGACUGGAUGAGAAAGGACGUAAGGGAGGCAAAGAGUGGGAUGAUGGAUCAGACCAUGACAAUGUAUCAAAGAUUCAUGUACGAGGUGGUUUUGAAGGCAUUCAGUUCAUCAAGUUUGACUAUGUCAAGGAUAGAAAAGUGCUAGAAAAUGGGUCCACCCAUGGUGUCUCUAGCAGAGGUUUCACACAGACAUUUGAGAUUAACCAUCGCAAUGACGAAUAUCUAGUAUCUGUGGAGGGUUACUACUACGAUGUGUCUGGAGUCAUUCAAGGACUUCAAUUCAAAACUAACAUGCAGACAUUUGAUAUUAUGGGGUAUGAAAAGGGUAGGAAGUUUACACUUGAAGCCAGUGGAUAUAAGAUAAUUGGGUUUCAUGGAUAUGCAGGGAAGAACCUAAACUCUCUUGGAGUAUAUUUCACAACUCAAACUCCUAAUAAAUUGAAAUGCCAAGGUCUAACUAAAGGUUUAUUCUGGGACGAUGGCUCUAAUAAUGAUGGCAUAAGAAAGGUCUACGUCGAUGAUACAAGGGACUGGAACAUAAAGUGUAUCAGGCUGGAGUACGUUAAUAACGGCAAAGUGGAAAAGACUCAUCGUCGGUAUUAUGUUGAAAACGAAAAAGAGUUUGUGCUGGACUAUCCAAAUGAACUGAUCACAUCUGUGGAAGGGACUAUGAGUACUGAUUCCGAUACGGAUAUUCGGUCGUUGACAAUCAAAACUGUAAGAGUUUUAACUUCUUGAACCGAUUGAGAAUGCUUAUCUUUUGUGUUUGUUAUUGUUUGUAGAAGAAGAAAAGAGAAGCAGAAAGAAGAGAAGACGACACACGAUUUACAAGUUCCCAAGGUCAAUGUGACCAAGUUACGUCUUGGUGAGCUUACAAACCAGCUCACAAGGUUUUAUAGAAUGUUGAUAACCGAUUACAAGGUAAACCCAAGAAGUAACACAUAGCCUAUAAAACCGA